GGUGGUGUUUGCAGUCAGAGAGUCAAAGGCAAGUGAAGGUGGAAGGAGAAACCGAGUGGCGGAGCGCAGGCAGACAAGCCGCCGCAGACAAGACAGACGAAGCGACGCACGGACAGAGGCACAAAAGAGCUGUGGUGGCACAGUGGUUAGAAUGAAGUAUUACAGGUUAAUUCACAGUCCAACUCAAGGUUGAAUCACCUUCCAUCUUCCAAGGUGCCAUGACAGAACUCCAGGAAGUGCAAAUCACUGAAGAAAAGCCACUACUGCGAGCCCCGGGAGCACCUGAUCCAGGCAGGAAACACACAGUGGAGACACCUUAUGGGGUUGUGACCAUCACCAUCCAUGGGACACCCAAGCCCAAACGUCCAGCUAUCCUCACCUAUCAUGAUGUGGGACAAAAUCAUCAUUCGUGCUUCGACACUCUCUUCCACUAUGAGGACAUGCAAGAGAUCAUAAAGAACUUCGUGGUGAUACAUGUGGACGCACCUGGCAUGGAGGAGGGGGCCCCGGCCUUCCCUCUGGGAUAUCAGUAUCCUUCUCUGGACCAGCUGGCUGACAUGAUCCCCUGUAUCUUGCAAUAUGUCAACUUCACCAGCAUCAUUGGAAUUGGAGUUGGAGCUGGAGCAUAUAUCUUGGCACGCUAUAGUCUCUCCCAUGCAGACACUGUGGAGGGGUUGGUUCUGAUAAACAUUGACCCCAAUGCCAAGGGCUGGAUGGAUUGGGCUGCUCAUAAGCUUACUGGCCUCACCUCCUCCAUUUCUGAGAUGAUCCUAGGACAUCUCUUCAGCCAGGAGGAACUUUCCAAGAACACUGAGAUGGUGCAACAACAACGGGAUAUCCUGAGUCAUGCUACAAAUUUACCCAACAUUCAACUCUACUGGAGUAGUUACAACAGCCGCAGAGAUUUGAGCUUGGAACGUGGAGGGGAUACCACAUUCAAAUGUCCUAUCAUGCUGGUGGUGGGAGACCAGGCUCCGCAUGAAGAUGCUGUGGUGGAGUGCAAUUCUAAACUGGAUCCCACCCAGACCUCUUUCCUCAAGAUGGCUGAUUCAGGAGGACAACCACAGCUGACACAACCUGGAAAACUGACAGAGGCAUUCAAAUACUUUGUGCAAGGAAUGGGUUAUAUGGCCUCAUCUUGCAUGACGCGCCUCUCUCGCUCCCGCACCGCCUCUCUGUCCAGCGCCACCUCCGGGGAUGGGAAUCGCUCCCGGUCUCGCACCCUGUCCCAGAGCAGCGAGGCAGGAGCCCCACAGCCACCUGCCCCCACCAUGGAGGUGUCCUGCUGAGCUCCAGGCCAGGGGAUGAGACCGCCUCCCACCUCUGAACAGGACUCCUUCUGCUAUCCCACAAUGCACUCCGGCCACUGGGCCAGGUGACAAUCUCCCCUAACGGUACUAAAAGUCCAAGGAGGCCCAGAUGGGAUGCAACUUUACUCUUUUUAAAACAAACAUUAACUCCCCCAACCUUUAAAUCCAGCACAUCAUAUCCACCUUCCUUACCAACCUUGCCUUCCUUUCUCUCAUAACUUAAAGCUAGUGUUGUCUGCCUUUGGUAUCUAUAGUGAUCCUCAGUACCUAGGGAGGUAUGGAUGGAAGACUACACGUUUUCUAAAUUAUCAGAUAAUCAAUAUCUCCUCUGAUGUUUCUCUUUGCCCUCUAAUUCUCUUGCACAUUUAGCUUCCUUGAUAUAGGAGAUUUGGAUUAUCAUUGGGCUUUGGUUUUUCCCCCCCUGUAUAAUCAUAACUAACCCAUGUUCCUUCCCCUAAAUCUUUAGUGAUAUAUUCUUGGAGUAGCCGGAUGGCAUCUUAUUGCCUUGCUAGCUCUCUUUUGUCCCCUCUGGAGUGUACAUAGGAGGAAAAUAAAAAUAAAAAGCAGGACCUCACAAGUGAGACGCACAAGCCCCAGUAAGGACUUGACUUGCUACUAUCAUGCUAACCUAAUGCUCCCAAACAAGAGUUGUUUUUCCUCUACCCAACUCAUUUUUACCCUUGUACUUGUCUGGCUUGGUCUCAUCUGUCCUGAUUCCAUCUAUCUAAAUGGUCUUUGAAGUUCUGGUUCCUUCCAGGGGCUUAGACCUGGUUUUUUUUCAUUUACCUUUUAAAAUAAAACUAGAUUGUUCAUUCCUCUCCCCUCCUCUAUGAUCUCUCUCUUGGCUUUUAUUUUAUAGCUUUCCCUCCUGUGCAUAUACUGUUCCCUGAUCAAAGGCUACAUUUCCUCUUUUUGGUCUCCCUUCCCUUCCACUUUCAUAGAUGGUAGCUGCUUUGUGGUGUGCAUGCACAGUUCCUGCUAAGAUAGCAACUGUUUUCUGUGAUUGGGGCAUUGGGAGGCUGGGCAAGAUUGAAAUGGGGGGCACUGGGGAGGGUGGGAUUGUUCCUUUUGGGAAAUGCUGGGGGCAGUGGGAAGCUUGAGACAGAUUGCACUGUUGCAGCGGUGGCAGGCACAAAUGACAAUAGCCAAUGAGUCUAUGGUUUCACAUAAGGCAGGGGUCUUCAAACUUGACAGCUUUAGGACUUGUGGACUUCAACUCCCAGAACUUCUCCUUCAGUCAUGUUAGCUCAGGAGGUCUGGGAUUGAAGUCCACAAGUCUUAAACUUGCCAAGUUUGAAGACCCUUGACAUAAGGAGAUAAAAGGAGGAGACUCCAACUGUUAUUGGCUGUGGGGGGGGGGGGGUUCUUUGCACCAAGCGCUGAUUUAGUGGGUUCUGGCUGUUGGCUUUGAGCAGGGCUCCUGUAGUACCAUGGAGGAGGAACUCUUGUAAUCGGAUUCUGACUGUAUCAGUUCUUUGAAUGUUACCAACUGUAUUAAAGACUUACAUGCUUAGAUGUUGUUUGCCAUGUUGAUCUCACAAAAUAAGGAAUGCAUGAUGUUUUAAGGGGUCAAACUUCUAACUUUGGACCAGCUGUUGAAGUUGGGGGUAUCGAUAUGUAAGGUUUUGAGUGGUAUACAGUCUUGAACAGGGUCAUAAGCCUCCAGUGGAACCAAAAAGGUAUUGGUCCAACUAGAAGAUAUCUUACUUAUUCCCUAACCUGAACAGGCACUGGGAGUUAAUUGCUCAGUUGCUUAUAAAAGGGGGCAUUGUUUGAAAAGGACUCCAGCUGGAGUUUUAACUCCCACAUGUAAUGGGAUCCUUGUAUUUGAGAAUGUGUGGGCUCUGCUUUAUUUUUCCCAGAGCAGUCAAUGGUGAAUCCCUACUCUUAACAAUAAAAAUCUCUAGAGGAA